AAUAGACUGAUACUUAAGCGCCUCUGGAUAUUUAGUUUUAUGAUAUUUUAUGAUAAAGAAAUUUCAUUAGCCUAAAUGACUUAUAUUCUGCGUAAUGUUUUCCGUCGAGGGAAUAGUUCGGCACCGAAAAUUUCACCACAGAUUGUAAACAUAAUCAUCUGUUAUACUUGACCUUCUUUAUCAGUUUAGCAACAAUAGAGACUAUUGCGAAAUACAUGGGCUUAGACCUAUAUAAAGCAACGGUGAAAUUGUGAAAUCAAGUCAGUGCUCUGCUUACUGAAGCAUUGUACAGUUGAGAUCUGACAAGAAGGGAUUUGAUAUUUGGAUCAAAUCUAGGCUAGCCUAAAGACUGUAGGCUACAACUCAUACAAGCAACAGCAAAAAGGACUGUGUUCGAAGGUUGUUUUUGAAAGUUACGAACUGUUUUUCAAUUCAGUAGAAGCUAUUGAAUCGUCAACUGAGGCCACCCUUUCAGAGCUUCUAACUACAGCAAAUCUGUUUUCAUCGGCUGCUUCAAGUAUUCCUACAACAACCAUCACAUUGAUGUCAAGUAGUCAGUCUGAAAUUUGCAAGUUUUUCAGAGGUCGAAAAGGUUGCAAAAAUGGAACAAAUUGUCAGUUUUUACAUGAAGGUGGCCCACCAGAUGAUCAACAGAGGAACGAACAUGGACACCCUGAAGAACAGGUGAACUCCAGAACCGAUGACAACUAUGAGCUUGAAACCACUGAAGAUGUAAAUCAUAGAAUUUGUUGGUUCUUUGCAAAUGGCAAGACCUGUCGAUAUGGCAAAGAUUGCCGUUUUCUACAUAUAGAGGAGAAACUUACUGCCCCUGCAGAAUCCUCUACUGAAAACGCAACAACUCAAGAUGAACCUGACCCUGAGCAUGAUAAAGAACAAAAGAUGGGAAAUCGUAAGAAGAAGCAUGAUGAGAAGGAUGUUAGGAUUUGUGACUUUUAUGCCAAGACUAAAAGAUGUAAAUUUGGCAACCGUUGCAAGUUUGCCCAUAUUUACAAAGCUAAACCAGAGAUGGGCCAGAAGUCAAAAACUCCAAAGGACAGAACCAAAACGCUUAAACCUGAACCAGAAGAUGCUCCAGGAGCAUUAGCUAGAGCACCAGUUUGCAGGUAUUUUAAAGAAGGACAUUGUCGAUCUGGCAAUUCCUGCAAAUUCUUUCAUCCAGAAACAACAGCCAAACCCCUUAACCCAAAGGUGGAGCAGUCCAAAUAUCCCAAAGUUCAACCAGUUAGGUUCCAAGAGAGAGUGAUGCUCAACAAAUUAAGUGAUUCAGAGAUCGAUAAAAUGAGAACAUCAGAAAUUGAGUCACUAAAGAAACGUUUCCCAAAGUUCAGCUUCAUAAAAGAAAAUGAUGGCUAUGAGGUUGUGUUCUGCUCUACUGAUCCAGACUGGCCAUAUGAUGUUAAAGAUGUGACAUUUGCUGCAAUAUUUCCAGUGGAUUACCCAAUAAAGCCACUUUGCAUUAGUCUUCCCAGAGAACAAGAGAUCCCAAUCUCUGUACAAGAUAAUAUAACUGAAGCUGCAACUUCAUGGAUCAUGACACGUCAUCAAGCCCUGAUGAAUGAAGGAAAGGUGGAGAUGAUGUUCAAACCUAUGUUAAAAUGGCUGGAUAGAAAAUUAGAGGACCUCUUCACUGAGGGUUUGAAACAGUACAGGAGGGAGCUGAUGCUAGCCCAAGCCCAGGCAGAUGGUUUUGAGUUCAUACCAGCAAAACAAGCUACUGACCAACGACCUUUAGAGACCCUUGGGACAGAUGAAACCCCCGAAGACAAUAACAAACAAGAAGAAGUCACAUAUAUCAAUAACAAACCUGAAGAUGAAGCUUCAUCAGUUGCAUUGACAGACAUAUCAAACACUGACCCUAAAUCCACUAAUGCUAAAAACGAGCCUAAACAAACAACUUCUCAACAGGAAACUGACAAAACUGUCAACUCAAUAAUUGAUCCAAUCAGAAAGGGUACAGAAGCUACACUGAAGAAUUUACAAUUGAAGGAGAAUACAGCAACAUUACUGGCCAAGAAGAUCAUGGUUGUGGUACAGUGUGAGAGAUGUAAAGGUCGAUGUGAUAUAACAACUCCUCCAAAUAGACUCAAUUCCAUUCCUUGUGCCAAAUGUAACAGUGACCAGCUAUUGACCUUUAGGCCUGCUAUGAUGCAUCAGUUCUCCUCUAUAUUGGGUUACUUUGAUGUCAAGGGAUGUCUUGUCUUAGAUCUCAUCCUGCAAGAAUGUGAUUUCAUGACUGGCUGUCUCAACUGCUCCAAGGAAGUCAAAUUAUCAGGUCUGAAUCCUGGACAGGCAAACACCAUGUGGUGCCAGAUUUGCCAUUCCAAGUUAUUGGUUGCUACGGAUACAACACAAUUUAAACAGUUACAGCCAUCUGAAGGUUUUGACCAACAAGCCAGCCAUGUAAUAAAGGUUGCAAAAGCAGUUAAGGCAGUAAAGGACCCCUCAGUCAAGGAAGGCAAGCCACUACCAGAUAAUGGCACAUGUAAGCACUACAAGAAAAGCUACAGGUGGCUCAGGUUUCCUUGCUGUGGUAAAUGCUACCCCUGUGAUGUAUGCCAUGAUGCCCAGGAAGGAGAUCAUGAUAUGAAGCUUGCCAAUAGAAUGAUAUGUGGUUUCUGUGCACAUGAACAGCCUUAUGCAGCUGAGAAGCCAUGUACCUUGUGUGGCAAAUCUAUGACCAAUCGCAGCACAGCAUUUUGGGAGGGUGGAAAAGGCUGCCGUGAUAAAAUCAAAAUGAGCAAAGAUGAGAACAGGAAGUUUGCAGGGGCAAACAAGACUGUUUCAAAGAAAGCUCAGGCGAAGAAAGAUCCUUCAUCUAAAAAGACUGUCAAAGUUAGACAUGCUUAGAUCAUGUCAAACAUUUUUAUAGAUUUUGAUGAAAUUUAGUCAUCAUGGUUCCAUAUAAAGUGCCCAGAAGCAAUAUAAAGAGAGAUCCUAAUUACUGAUCUUAUAUGAUAGACUACUAUUAAACUGCUGAUAUGCAAGAUUUGAUUGAAAUGUCAGCAACAGACAACUCUGGCAAGGUUAGAGUGGCAAUUUAGAGCUAAAAUUGAUGAGUUUAACAGAAAUAUGAGUAUAAGAUACAUAUGUAUUUUAUCUAAGCACUACACAGCUGUUGCAGUGUUCUAACUAUGGAUUUUUAUCAAAUUUUACCAUGUGCUGUAUAAACCAGAAAGGUGAUAUUGUAUAAUAGGGCAAGUAAAGGAUGAAACAAAAAGUGAAAUACUCAGAAACAAUAAGUUUGAGAUAAUAUUCAAACAAAAUUUUGUUCACUCUUAAAAAUGUUCUUAUUUCUGGUCAGUUUUGGCAUUUGUUUUUGAACACACACAUAUAUUUGGCAAAAAUAUGGCUUUUUAAUCAGACUGACACUACUUUUUAUUGCCUCUGGUAUUACAUGUUACUUUAUUUCCAAAUAUUUGGUAAUGAAUGUGGAUUAGCUGGCUUAAAAUUUAGUAUGAGAAUCUACUAUUUUGAGUAUUCGUUUCAGACCAAGAGUAAGUACAAUUUAAAUUCUUUGUACUGGCAUGAUAUUCAAUCAAAUAAAUAUUUUGUAAUAAAUUAUAUGCAAAAUAUUAAAUACAAUAAUAAAUAGUGUAAAGUGAACAAAUAACUUUCCUCAAACUGAUUGCUACUCUUUAUUUUACAAUGGCUAAAAAAAAGUUGACACAAUAUUUUGUAUUAAUAUUACAGAAGUUAAUGUUGAAGUAAAAAUAUGAAAUACCAUUGAUUUUCAAUUGCUAUGUUAAAGUUUUCUUGUAUUGAAUAUUAGUAAAUCAAAUAAGUGAUAUAUAAUGCUUCACAUGACUUGUUUUGGUCACACCCAUCUUUUAGA